AUGUGCGGUGUGGUGCGGUGUGGUGUGGUGUGGUUCUCAGGAAAGUCGCUCACCACUACUUCCUUGAGAGGGUCUCUCACAAUCCCUUCCAUUGUCUCUGCCUCCUCCCCAGUGACUUCCGUUGUCUCACCAUGCCUUCCUUUGUCAAUUCAAAAGCCAUCCCUCCCACCAUCCAUCCCUCCCGCCAUCCCUCCCACCAUCCACCCCUCCACCAUCCCUCCCACCAUCCCUCCCCUCCCACCACGCCUCCCACCAUCCCAUAACCUCAGGGACUUCGCCCGAAACAUGUUCCGUGGCACCAUCCCUUCAUUCUUCGCCACCCUCACCAAACUCGACGUGCUUGAGUUCAACGAGAGCGGAACGGUGUGCUCAGGAGCCAGGCAGCCGUGUGUGGUGUGGCAGACCCCCUCCAUCCCUCUCCCCAUCUCACCCUGUCCUUCCCUGCCUCGGUUACUCAGUGAGCUCAACGAGAGCGGAACGGUGUGCUCAGGGGCCGGGCAGCCAGGGCUCAACGAGAGUGGCAUGGUGUGCCCAGGAGCAGGCCAGCCGUGUGUUGUGUACCAGACCCCCUCCUCGCACUUCUGCAUCAACUGCCCCGACUUCUGCUCCUCCUGCUCCAACAGCUCUGCCCCUUCCUCUGGCUCCCCUGCUGCUAGCCCCUCCCCUCCUCCGCCUGCCAAUAGCACUCCUCCUCUUCCCCCCACAGAUACAUCUUCCUCCUCCUCCUCGUCCGCCCUGCCUCUAGGGGCGAUCAUUGGCAUUGCUGUUGGAGGCGUACUCGUUUUUGUCCUCCUCGUUAUUGGCCUGUUUCUGCUCUGGAAGCGAAGGUCUCCCCAAGAAAUGACUGUAAAAAAGAGUGGAAAGGGGGAGAGGGGGCGGGAGUGGUCAGCCAUGCCGAGCUUGGCCCUCAUGUGGCAGUGCUUCUCCUUUGCAACUGUGACCAAGGCAUCGUAG